CCCCAUUCUCAUUAUCUUGCUCCUCCAAGCAAGGUUAGUCUGCCAUACUCCUUUCUUUUUGGAAAACAAUUUCUGGAAUUUCUCAUAUGUGUAAAACAAUCGCCAAGCAAAAAAGGGAGCGGUGAAGGAUGUGAUCAAAGCGUCUGUGCCUGGAAGCUGAAUACAGUCGGAAAUCAAUGACAAGCUAAACAAGUCAUUCCGGAACAUCUAAUCUCUUAACGGACCACCGUAGGGGGUGCAUCAGAGAAAUCACAACACACGUUAAAGGCAAAGCUUGAAUUCCAAAAUGCCACUACCCGGAGGUUUUCUUCUAUCCUUCUUAUGUUGUCUUAGUUCUUUUCUUAGUACUCCUUAGUCUUCACCUAGCACACUUACUCUUCCCUUACUCCUACAAAAAAUUGUUUAUCAUGCCUCCUCAUACCUCCUAUAAUAGAGCUACUAAGAAAAGGGCUAGGACGGAUGGUGCGUCAUCUAGUGCUGUUUAUCCAUCGUCCGUAUCUGAUUGCUUCCGCGGUCAUGACGAUCUUAAUAAAUUCAAGACUUCCUUUGCUACUCGAAAUGUUCAUAUUUCUCGCCCUAUUGACCUUCCCUUUCUUCGCGAUGAACUCGAUUUUCGACACCUUUCCACCUUGAACGAAUGGGGUUGGCUUUAUUGCCUCCAACUUACGGGCCCUUGUCAUGACAACCUCGUCCGAGUCUUUUACUUUAAUGCCGAAUUCAAAUACGGUGAUGAUGGUAAAACUGUUACUGCAAUCACUUCGUAUGUCAUGGGUGAGAAAGUAACCAUUACCCCUGCCAUUUUGUCUCAAUACCUUAGGAUUCCUCUCGAUGGUGAUCCGACUUUUUUAGGUUCUUUCCCUUCGACCUUAAUCCUUAAAGAUGAUCAUGCUAGUGAUUUAGAAUUACAUGAUCGGAUCCUUCAUCUCAUCCUCACUUGGACCAUUAACCCUACAAACAAACAUGCGAUCUUGCGCAAAACCGAUUAUUGGUUCAUUCAUUGUUUUCAAACUAAGCAUCAUCUUAACCUUCCGGUCCUCAUGUUCCUUAACAUGAUUGAGGUUGUUCGUUGGCCCCUCUCUAGCAACAAAACCCUUAAGUAUGGCACCUUUCUCUCUUUCAUCUUUCGCCAACUUAAACUCAAGGUGUCUGUUGAUCCAGGUCGAGCCAUCGAUAGCUUCAUCAAUAUUUCCUCUGUUCAUAGCUGUGGCUACUAUAAGGAGGAUGGUAAAUGGGUUCAUAAAGACAAACUACAGGCGGCAGCGGCACAACAAUUACAAGGAGAAGUACAACCCGAGGAGGAGGUACUUGCCUUACCUCCACCACCGUCACCUCGCACUUCAGCCAUCCUUGAUGCCAUUCAUGGUCUUUCCCAGCAUGUAGAUGCUCGUUUCGAUGCCUUAAUGCCUCGGAUUUUUUAUUUGGAGGAUCAAAUGGCUCAACUCGUGUCACGUUUCCCACCUCCGCCAUCAUCAGACGAUUAAUGGUUGUUUUAGAUGUGGAUUUUGUGGCUGACUUGUUGAUUCUGUUUAGAAUUGCUCUCUUUCCUUGUUUUGGUUCACUUUUAUGACCUUCGUUUAUAUUGGAUAUUAUUCUUGUCGACAUUUGGCUUUUGUCACAUAUUUUCGAUUUGCAUGGUUCUUUUUGUUGGAUAUUUUGAUACCUUGAUGCCAUGUUAGCUUUUGUUGGGCGGUUCUUGCA